CGUAGUAAGUUAAUAAUCCACAAGCCAUUCAGAAACGUCGAGGGCAGAGACACCGACACCAGGGAAUCAUAUGUCUGCAUCAAGCAUCUAGCAAAUUGUUUACUUGGAGGGCUGACGAGCAACGCACAGAUGAACCUCUGAAACAACUCCUUGGCAGAACAAAUUAUGACAUCGACAUCUAAAGGAAUUUUCCGGCCAUUUUUUAUUAUCUUCAUUGUCCUUGGUUGUUUCAUGGCAUUUAUACUGAUCUAUAUCAAACCAACAAAUAGCUGGAUCUCUGGUCCUAUAGAAUCAGCCAGCUCAGUUUUGAAAAUGAAGAGCUUCUUUUCUUCCAAAACGGAUAAUCUUAAUGAGACUACUGUUUUGAUCUGGGUUUGGCCAUUUGGUCAGACAUUCGAUCUAACAUCCUGCCAAACAAUGUUCAAUAUCCACGGGUGCCAUCUGACUAUUGACCGCUCGCUAUACAACAAGUCCCAUGCUGUUCUCAUUCAUCACAGGGACAUUAGCUGGGAUCUGACUAACUUACCUCAGCAAGCCAGGCCACCAUUCCAGAAAUGGAUUUGGAUGAACUUGGAGUCUCCAACUCACACUCCACAAAAGAGUGGCAUUGAACACCUCUUUAACCUGACCCUGACUUAUCGGCGUGAUUCAGACAUUCAGGUGCCUUAUGGCUUCAUGAUGGUCGGUACAGGUUCCUUCACAUUUGAAGUGCCAAGUAAGGAAAACCUGGUCUGUUGGGUUGUAAGUAACUGGAACCCUGAGCACGCUCGAGUCAAGUAUUACAAUGAGCUUAGCAAAUACAUUGAAAUCCAUACCUAUGGACAAGCCUUUGGAGACUACGUCAACGAUAAAAACUUGAUUCCAACUAUCUCCACCUGCAAAUUCUACCUUUCCUUUGAAAAUUCAAUCCACAAAGAUUACAUUACUGAGAAACUUUACAAUGCUCUUCUGGCCGGAUCAGUACCAGUUGUACUGGGCCCUUCCAGAGAAAACUAUGAGAAUUACAUUCCAGCAGACUCUUUCAUACAUGUGGAAGAUUUUCUCUCCCCAAGAGAGCUGGCAGAAUAUCUUCUGAUGCUUGACAAAAAUAACAAGAUGUACCUUAGUUAUUUCAACUGGAAGAAGGAUUUCUCAGUGCAUCUUCCUAGGUUCUGGGAAUCACACGCAUGUCUUGCUUGUGAUCACGUGAAAAGACACCAGGAAUACAAGUCCAUUGGAAAUUUAGAAACAUGGUUUUGGAAUUAAUUUGUGUGUGUGUGUGUGUGUGUGCGUGUGCAUGUGUGCACUUUUUUGAAGAAGCCAGAAGAAACUUCAGUCCAAGUGGAGAGAAAAGGAAA